CUCUCUCUCUCGGUCUAUAAAUAUCAACACUUGCAGACAUGCUCUUUUUUUCUCCUCUCUCUCAUUUUUUUUCUUCUCAGUUUUGUCUCUUCGCCGACCGUUCACAGGCGAAAUCGCUGUUGUUUCCCGCCGGCGAGUUUCUCUUCUCGCCAUUUUAUGCCCCGUGAAGGACCAAAGUAGUCACUGCACUAUUGAAGGAUAGUAACAGAAAGCAAAUGGAUGGAACUAAAGAUAUGGGGCUUAGAAAUGUGGGUUCAACUUGCUCAAUCAAUGAAAUGGAUGAUUUUGAUCUCUCUCGCAUCCUUGACAAGCCAAGGCUGAACAUUGAAAGACAGAGAUCAUUUGAUGAGAGGUCACUAAGUGAGCUCUCCAUUGGGCUUGCAAGAGGAGGAGGCUUUGAUAACUUUGAGAUCACAUUUUCACCUGGAGGAAGGUCAAGGUCUGGAUUUGACACACCAGCCUCAUCCGCUCGCAACUCAUUUGAGCCCCAUCCUAUGGUGGCUGAUGCUUGGGAGGCACUUCGGCGGUCGUUAGUGUACUUCAGAGGCCAACCAGUUGGUACUAUUGCUGCAAUUGAUCAUGCCUCAGAGGAGGUUUUGAACUAUGAUCAGGUCUUUGUAAGAGAUUUCGUACCCAGUGCCCUGGCUUUUUUGAUGAAUGGAGAGCCUGAAAUAGUUAAGAACUUCCUGUUGAAGACACUGCAUCUCCAAGGGUGGGAAAAGAGAAUAGAUCGAUUCAAGCUUGGGGAAGGGGCGAUGCCAGCUAGCUUUAAAGUUCUUCAUGAUCCUAUUAGAAAAACAGAUACUCUUAUUGCAGACUUUGGUGAGAGUGCCAUUGGAAGAGUGGCUCCUGUUGACUCUGGUUUCUGGUGGAUCAUUCUGCUUCGUGCUUACACCAAAUCUACAGGGGAUUUAUCUCUAGCGGAGACUCCAGAGUGUCAAAAGGGAAUGAGGCUUAUAUUGACUUUGUGCUUGUCGGAGGGAUUUGAUACAUUCCCGACUCUUCUUUGUGCUGAUGGUUGCUCUAUGAUUGAUCGCAGAAUGGGCAUUUACGGUUAUCCUAUUGAAAUUCAAGCACUUUUUUUUAUGGCAUUGAGAUGUGCGUUGUCUAUGUUGAAACAUGAUGCCGAAGGAAAAGAAUGCAUUGAGAGAAUUGUUAAACGUUUACAUGCCUUGAGCUAUCACAUGCGAAGUUACUUUUGGUUAGAUUUUCAACAACUAAAUGACAUAUACAGAUAUAAAACUGAGGAGUACUCACACACUGCAGUAAAUAAGUUUAAUGUCAUUCCUGAUUCAAUUCCGGAUUGGGUAUUUGACUUUAUGCCAACCCGUGGUGGUUAUUUUAUUGGCAAUGUUAGUCCUGCAAGGAUGGAUUUUCGAUGGUUUGCUUUAGGAAAUUGUGUUGCCAUUCUCUCAUCUCUUGCAACUCCUGAGCAAUCAAUGGCUAUCAUGGAUCUUAUUGAAGCUCGCUGGGAGGAGCUGGUUGGAGAAAUGCCUUUGAAAAUAGCUUAUCCUGCAAUAGAAAGUCAUGAAUGGCGAAUUGUAACUGGUUGCGAUCCCAAGAAUACCAGAUGGAGUUACCAUAAUGGAGGAUCUUGGCCAGUGCUUUUAUGGCUGCUAACUGCCGCAUGCAUUAAAACUGGACGACCACAAAUUGCAAGACGAGCAAUUGAUCUUGCAGAGAGCCGUCUGCUGAAAGACAGCUGGCCUGAGUAUUAUGAUGGGAAACUUGGUAGAUUUAUUGGUAAACAAGCAAGAAAAUAUCAGACAUGGUCAAUUGCUGGGUACUUGGUGGCGAAAAUGAUGCUGGAGGAUCCUUCACAUUUGGGAAUGAUUUCACUCGAAGAGGACAAGCAAAUGAAGCCAGUGAUCAGGAGAUCAUCUUCUUGGACUUGCUGAUAAAGAGUCAAGCAAGAGAAGUAGAAGAAAAGAGUAGAGAAAGAUAACAACAAAAGGUGAGAAAUCUUGAGUUUUCAUUAAAAAUGCCAUUCUUUGCCGUUUGUCCUUGUAGGUCUGAUUGAAAGUUCGAUUUCGUGUACAAUAGUUUCUGGUAAGACAACUUUCUUGCUUUUCUAAUAAGAGAUACAUUUGGCUGUUUGUAUUAAAAAAGAAAAUUUUCAGAUGGCAUUUUCAAAAUGACAUCAGUUCAUAUUAGCAUUUGACAGCAGAGAUGCAACAAAAUUGUGAUAAUUUCCUAGGACUUUCCACUGUAGGGACUGAAAAAGUUACAUAAUAUAGACAUUUGAAUUCAUACA